AUGGUGGGCGACUACCCAAUAGCUGGAUGGCUUAGAAUCGCCUGCAGUUAUUUGAAGAGAAGAGCAGGAGGAAUCGAUUGGGAAGACAUAGUGGAUAGUGAAUCAACCAGUAUGGUACAGGAAGUUGUGGAAGAAGUUCGACACCACGAUCCAGUUCGAGGGAGAUGGCAUGUUCCCAAAAUGGAAAAGGGUGUUGUAUGGUGCGACGCAAGCAGUAUGGCCACUGGUGUAUGUAUUGAGAUCGAUGGUGCGAUAGUCGAAGAUGCGGCGUGGCUAAGAAAGAAACGUGACUACAUCCAUAUCAACGUUGCUGAGUUGGAUGGUACGAUAAAGGGUGUAAAGCUCGCAUUGAAAUGGGGUCUAAAAGAGAUUGAAAUUCGAACUGAUUCGGUUACUGUCCGCAGUUGGAUCAGUCUUAGGAUAACAGGCGAAAAAAGGAUCCGUACAAAAGGAGCGGCAGAGCUAAUUAUCAUGCGACGUUUGGGGAUUCUGAGGGAAAUUAUUGAUGAAUUUAAUUUAAAAUUGAGUGUAACGUUCGUGCCCUCUGACAGAAAUAAGGCCGAUGCUCUAACCAGAGUGAAAAAGAGUUGGCUGAAAGUAGAGAAAGCUAUUACAGCGACGUGCCGUGCAGGCCGAGAUGAGAUCAAGGAGUUGCACGGACUGCAUCAUGUAGAAGUGGAUAGAACACUAUAUCUAGUACGGAAAGUCUACCCGGAGAUGUCAAGAGAUACUGUACAGAAGGUGGUUAGAAGCUGCGACCGUUGCCAAUCAAUCGAUCCGUCGCCAAAUGUUCACGAAUUAGGAGAAAUCCAAGUAGACACCAAUUGGACCCGAUUAUCUAUCGAUGUGACGCAUUAUAGAGGUGAAAUGUAA